AUGUCCGAGAGAUAUUCGUUUUCAUUGACGACCUUCAACCCGUCAGGAAAACUUGUGCAAAUUGAAUAUGCGCUCAAUGCGGUAAAUGCGGGCCAGCCGGCUGUUGGAAUAAAGGCCAAGGAUGGCGUUGUAAUUGCAACAGAAAAGAAGCACAAGUCAGCUCUGCAAGAUGAAACUUCCUACCACAAGGUUGAGACAAUUUGCCCGCAUAUCGGCGUCGUCUACUCUGGAAUGGGCCCUGAUUAUCGCGUCAUUGUCAAACAUGCUCGACACGAAGCUGCUGCUUACAAACAGAGAUAUGGAGAGGACAUUCCCACUGAACAGCUCGUACAGACCGUCGCUGAAAUCUUUCAGAACUACACUCAACAAGGAGGUGUUCGUGUAUUUGGAAUUUCGCUCUUGAUAAUCGGCUUCGACAGCAAAGGGCCGAUGUUGUACCAGUGUGAUCCGUCCGGCUGCUACUACCCUUGGAAAGCGACUGCUCUUGGCAAAAACUACUUCAACGCUCGAUCGUUUUUGGAACGAAGGUACAAUGAAGACCUCGAAUUGGACGAUGCCGUCCACACUGCCAUUUUAACGCUCAAGGAAUCCUUUGAAGGACAAAUGAACGAAUCAAAUAUCGAAAUUGGCGUCUGCGGCGAAAACGGAUUCAAGCGACUUGAGCCUUCCGAAGUGCGUGAUUACUUGGGAUCCCUCGCCUAA